AAAACGAGGUAUUAGCAAGGACAUUCUCCCAGUCUCUGACUUCUGCUAGGGGUGUCGCAUGAUGGCAUUCCAUAUUCGAUGUAUCAGCCAGCGAAUACGAGCCUCUAGAUCUGUUGUUGAUUUCUUGCAGACGCCCGGAUUUACUCACAUAGACAAAAGAGUGCAGAGUGCAACUACAGUAACCUGUGGGAAUCCCAGGGUAUCAAUCAACAAUUUAGACAAAAUCCUUGAAGAAUGUACCAAGAAAAAAACAUCAUACAAUGGAAACAUCUCAGGAAUUUUUGACAAUUCAUUUGAUUUUGAGACAAUUUUAAGAUGUGAAUUAGUUAAAGAAAGUCAUGAGAAGAUUAAUAGUAGAAAGUGCAGUACACUUAAAAGAACAUCUUUAUCUAACAGCAACCUUAAUAAACACAAUGUAGCACAAAACCUAGAUAAGUUGGGACUUGUGUCACAUUUGACCUUUGAAAGUGAUUUUAAAUGUAGCUCAGUCCCUAAUGCAGGGGACACUUUUUUAUUCAAUGGAGAAAGUUCAGGAGGAACCCCAACAGAUUCAGAGUUUGAGAAGAAAAGAGCAAGGCGAGAGGAGAAUCUACUGAAAAUGAAGGCUUUUCUUGAGCAGUCUCUUCCUCCACUAUUUGAAAUAGGUAUAUCUUUUGAUGCCUAUUCACCCAAUAUUGUACUGGAGAAUAAUUAUUGGGGGAAAAGGGAAAUUACUCUUGGAAUUCAGCGCUACAAAGCUAAAGUGUGGACGCUACAGACCAUGACAGGCUUACGCUUUAUUCACACUAGGAUGUGUUUGCUAAAUACCUCAUGUGACUUGGAUGAGAAUUUUGUGCGUGUUCGAUGGAGGAUUUUAGGACUGAAGCAGUUGGCAGCAAUGAAACGCCUUAAUGUAUAUGGAAAAUUCUGGAAGAUCUCAAAAAUUCCUGACAGAGUUUUAGAAAAAGAUGCUGUAUGGUAUGAUGGAAUAUCCCUUUAUUACCUCAAUGAUGAAGGUUUAGUCAAUAAACAUGUUAUCAACAGGGUGGAGGAGGAGAGCAGUAAGAAAGUUGCUCCGGCUUUGUCGUUACGUGAGAGACUGACCAGAAAAGUGGGUGUUCUACCUACUAAACAAAUCUAGGCCCAUACUCAGUCUUCAACAAAUCUAGGAGUUAUAAACAGUUGGUGCAUAUGAAACUGUGGCAAAGUAAUUUAGCAAGAUUGGUGCAAGUGUAGAUUUUGAAUUUCACAACACGUGUAUUGAAAACUAAAUUUUUGCAAAAGUGUUUAAUAUGCAAAAGUUUCCAAGUGUAACUAUAAAAAGAAAUAUAUCAUCGGAAUAGAAAUGGAUUAGGUACUAGUAUUUUAAUAUUAAAAUAUUGUAUUCAAAUUUUCUUCCCUUUUUAUGAAAAAACUGUGCAUUAAAAUGAGGAACUACAAAGAUAUGUUUUACCAUUGUCUCCUUUAGGAAUUUGUUUAGGUGUGUCUGUAAACUCUUAGAAAAAUGGCAAAAUUACACAUGCUUAAUUUUUAUUCAGUGAAACUUGAAAAAAAAUAUUGUCAGUAAUCCUUUUUUUUUCUUACUUUGAAUACUUGUUGGGUAUCUUAAGACUGUCAUUUUAAAUUUGUGAUAUCCAUAUACAUGUAUAUUAAUAAUAUAUAGUAUUUGUGAUACCUGAAAUGGAAAAUUAGAAUGGACCUUUAUACAUGAAACAUCAAUGUAUCUGACCAGAGCUGAUAAUUUGUAUAACCACAAAACCAGUGUGUGUGACUUUUUUUCACUGAGUUUUUGCUCUGCUGUUUAUGCUUAUAAUAAAAUGUACCUAUAUUGUAUACCACAAGUUGGAGGAGUUCAUCCCCAAUAAACAAGAUUUAGACAUUCUC